AUGCGCAACAUCACACCUUCCCGGGCAGUCUACCCCUCCCCAACACCCUUCUCCGGUCACCUCAUCCCUGAUACCUCGUUCCCGCCGCCGCUGGUGUACAUAGAUACGGCAUUGGGCUCCGUCGUAGCGCUGUACGUCGUCGGGCCCCAGCUAGCGGGCCACCCUAACAUCUUGCACGGCGGUGCGUCAGCCGCCCUUGUGGACGAGAUCAUGGGUUGUACAGCCGUCGAACGUUUGCCCGCUCGCAAGGUCGCUGUGACGGCUACGCUGGAGCUCACGUACAAAGCCCCUGUCUUCUUGGGAUCCGAUGGAGGCUGGGGCUUGGUGGCUGUCUGCGCGCGCGUGCAGAGCGCUGCGGGACGGAUGGCUCAAGUGGUUGGAUCUGUCGAGAAUAUCAAGACGGGACAGAAGCUAACGUACCUGCAUAGCGAGCGACGCAUCAUAGCGAGCGACGCACUCUCUCAAACCUUUCUACCUUAUGUAUAA